AAAUUAAUUUACUUUGGGAGUGUGCAACCAUAACGAUCAAACACAUUUCGCCACCAUACACGUAUUCGUUUGUGCACACUGUGUACAUAUAGAAGAAAACAUCCUUUUGGUCGAUAACUUAGACUUCGAAAUGUCGGAUGAGUCAGAAACGAUGUCGAAGAAGUCUCGUAAAGCUACGAGUCCCACAAUCUCCGAUGAUGAGUACAUCGAGCCGCCGGCAUUCAGUUUGGCCACAUUAGGACUACGUCGCGUCGGCUCUGCCCCACCGCCAAAGCCACAGCCACAGCAGCCCAUACAAAUGUUGAAUGCCCGUGGUAUGCCAGCUCGCAUACGCAAACCAAAUCGUCUCUUCUUCGACGACGACAUCAUUAACGAUGACAAACCGUUGCGCAUGAGUCUCUCACCCCGCAAAAUGCCAAUAAAGGCGGUUGCAUCGCCACAUAAAACACCCACGAAGGUCUUAAAGAAACGCAAAGGAGUGGUCUCACGUUACAUGCGUUCGGAAGAGAAGAAAAAGGCAACUGAAGUGACCACACCAACUACUCGCGAAAGACAUACAAGCGCCUCGAAUUCAUCAAUCAGCAACACACCCAAAUCAAGCACACGCCUAAGCGGCAUGCCGAUAGCGUCAACCAGUAGUGCCGCUACAGUAGCACACAUUAUUCCAGCUGAUAAAAAGAUUGGUCAGAGCAUCGGCCUACGAUUACGGAAUUUGUUGAAACUACCAAAAGCGCAUCGCUGGGUCAUAUUCGAGUGGUUCUAUUCCUUUAUCGACAAGGCACUUUUCGAGGGUGAGAAUGACUUCCAAGUCUGUUUAACCGAAUCGUUUCCCAACCUUAACACACGUCAUUUGACACGCGCCGAGUGGCGUAAAGUGCGUUCUCUAAUGGGCAAGCCACGUCGCUGCUCUCAAGCCUUCUUCGAGGAGGAACGACGUGAACUUGAACGUCGACGCCAAAAGAUACGCUACAUACAGAGCCGUAAAUCGGGAGACAUUAAGGAUUUGAAUUACGUGCGUGAUUUGCCCGAAAAGAUACCGCUAUCAUUGCCAAUCGGCACAAAAGUCACCGCAAGGUUACGCGUGCCACAGGAUGGUAUUUUCAGUGGCACUGUGGACGCCUUCGAUUCAAUGACCUCCACAUAUCGCAUCACCUUCGAUCGGAACGGCCUAGGCACACACUCUAUACCCGACUUUGAGAUCGUUUCAGAGAACUUUCAUGAAAUGGUGCCACUGCAGAGCAUCACCAGAGACAACAGACCGAAUUUGAUGAGCAUCUUUAACGGCGUCAGCUCUUCGCCGUUACGUAACGUACGCAGUGUACGUACAGCAUUGAACAUGAAUCUGAAUAAAAGUGAUCCGGUCUUAGCUCAAGUGAAUGAGAGCCCGUUCAAAGAUGCGGUGCUGGGCCGUGACAACAUCAACGGCUAUCCGGCCAAGCUGUUGGAAACAUUGGUACGCUUGAAACGUGCGCUGGCCUCAAAGCGUUCUAAACUUCAACGACUCAGCGAAAUGAACAACGAGGCCGAGCUGAAAGCUUCGCAGCAACUCGCCGCUGCACAUAGUAAUUCAAAUUCAUCAUCCGAUGAGUCACAAAACACCAAUGAGGCGGUUCCGCAAUUAAGUGAGGAAUUCCAAAGACGCUACGCUUCAAUUGUAAUAUCAAUGGAGAAGAUGAAUCGCGAUAUGCAGGACUAUUUGAACGAUGUGCAGGCAUUCGCAGGGGACCUUACACGUGACCCACAAGUGCAAGCGAUGCUGGCGCCAUCCUACCUGAGGGAAAAGUGCCGUGAGACAGCCGAAGACGCUGUUCAGACCAUCAAUCAAAGCACAGUGCAGAAUAAGAGCGUUCUGGCGCUCAUUAAAAAUCUUGCCACGGUGCUACUAGUCGCCUCACAUCUGGGCAAUGAUGGCAAUGCGGCGGAGGUCUCGAAAGUACUUGAGGGCUGCAUCGAAGAGGUGCGUUCAAGUUUGAGCGGCGUAAAUGUGGAAACGUUUCAGAAGAAUGUGCAAAUACACUUGCAUCACGUGCGUAUGCUGACCGCCAACAGCAAUGUUAUGAUGUCAAACUCAGCCAUAUCUACUGGUGGUGGACCGCUUGAUAGAUAAAUAUUUGGAUUUAAAAAAAUGGAAAUUGAAUUUUGUGGAAUGGGCGUUCGAAAAGAUUGAAAACUUGAAUUAACUAGUAAUGAAUUAAUUUGAUUUGUGUUUGUUAUUCUAACAAAUACUAAUGUGUAAAAUAUAGAUGAUGAUUUUAAUUUCGUUUAGUUCAUUAAUUUAAUAUUAGACUUUUUUUUGUCAGUUCUUUAACGUGUGUUGAAUUCUUUUUAUUUAUAAUUAAAAUAAACGUAAAUUCUAUAGCAA